AUGCCAUGGCUCUUCAAAAUUGAACGUCAGAAUGGGGAAGUGAAAAUAGGGGUCUGCGACAGACCACCAAGGAAACCUGAAUCUGAUGAAGAUGACGAUGAUGAUGACGAUGAUAAUGACGAUAGUGAUGACGAUAGUGAUGACGAUAAUGAUGAUAAGGACGAUCUGUGGAUGCCAAAAGGAAAUGAAAAGGAACUUUUAUCCUCUGAAGAGGAACCUGAAAACAAAAAGAAAGUAAAGUCAAGAAAAGUCAAACGUAGAACGAAGAAUAAAGAAGCUGAAAAUGAACAAAGUGAAGUUAAAGAAAAGAGAACCAGGAAGAGAUCAGCGGAGGUCCUUCUUUUCAACUUGCCAAAGAAACUCAAGACGAAGGACACCACUGAAGUGGAGGACAAAAAGAACUUGGAAAAGUGGAAGCGCCAAUCUGACUCUCGGAAGUGUGUUUUUUGCGGCGUGUGGAAAAGUUCCGGGAACAUGGCUGCCCACGUCCAAACAGUACACGCCAAAGACUUGAAAGAGCAAAAGAUUACAUUUACAACUGCUACAAAUCAAAGUAAUAAGCCCUAUAGGGGAGGAAUGAAAUUUCUUGAUGGAAUUGAACUCGAGAAACGAUUGAAGCUAGAUGAUGAGACAAGAGAUUUCAUAGAUGAGGUAUUUUUAAAGGUGGGAGUAACCAUCAUGUUCCAAAAGGACCAGAUGCGUGCAAAUCAGCCAGUUCCAGAGACAAAAACGUUGAACCUGAGAAAUACGAGGAGACGGAAGACGACCCUGCCCCAGAAGAAGAGGCUGGAAAGCCAAUCAAGAGAGUUAAAACAAGUUAAGAAGAGGGAAGUUGCAGAACAAGAAAUGGUCAUAGAUCACAUAUACGAAUAUUUGACAAAUGAAGAAAGGAUUGAGAGGCUGUACCAACACUUGGAUUUCUUGGAAAGAACAUCUCUAAACAGGGAAGAGGUGGCCACUCAGGCAGCAAAAAGUAAAAUGGACAGCCUUGUUAACACAGGAGGUGUCGAAUAUGAUGAAGAUAGUCAAACAAGAUGA